AUGCCGCCCUUCAAGGCAGCAACCUUCUCCGCAGCCGCUGCUUCUUUAGGCUCAGCGGCUGCACAGGUUGUGCUACUACCUCCAUUUCAUGAGCUUCGCCUCCAACCGCGGCUAACGCUGUCUGCUGCUGAGGAGCGGCAUGCAGGAGGGUCGUUCGCUGCAAGGCGUCAGAUGCAGCGGUGGAAGGAAACGACUUGCUUCGUUGGAGACGCCGCUGAGCAGCUUCUCCUUUUCCCCGCCAACCUUCCCCAUUUCCGUUCUGCUGCAGGGGGGGAGCAACGGGAUCAACAGCUCGUGCAGCCCUACAGAGCCUCACCGCAUCGACGGCCGCUUCUUUUCUCGCAGACAGCGCACAGCGAGCAGCCGGAGCAGAACCAGCAGCGAAGGAGCGCCGUCCAUCCCUCACUCUGCGGAUCCGCCGAGCUCCUGCAAGCUGUAGCUUCUGAAGCAACAACCGAGUUCAACAGCAGCAGCAGCAGCAGCUUCGGGCAAGGUACUCGUAGUGCCCUCGAGGCUUCCGCUUGCACGACUUCUUCGCCUGAGGACGCAGGUGGAGUCGAAAGUUUGAUCGAAGCAUCGAAAACACACACGACAGCAGCCUCGGCAACGGCGGCAGCCUCAGAGGAGACGCUUCGGGCUGCUGCUGCUGCUGCUGGUGCUGCUGCUGCAAGCCUUGCAUGUUCCCCUGUUGGGAGCAUGUCUGCGCAGCAGCUGCUUGCUCUCGGAUACUUCCUUGUGAGCACCAAAUGCAGCAAUAGUAGCAGCAGCUUCAGCAAACCUCGGGAGAGGCACCAUCUGCUGCUCUGCCGCCACCUCUUGCUACGUCUGCUAGUUCUGCUGCGAGAGCGCAAUCAGCAAACUGUUGCCUAUCCUCAGCAUCAGCCUCAGCAGCAUCAGCCUCAGCAGCAGCAUGAGACCUUAAGCGCAGAGCAAUUAACUCAGAUCCUUAAAAGUCUCGCGAGGCUGCGCGUGUUCGACUAUCUCUUCAACACCCCACGGCCUGUGGCUGCAGCAGCUUCACAGGCAGCUCCUGAGAAUGCCCCUGUUGAUGCUGCUGCUACUUUCUCGGCAGCGAGAUUCGUGGAAGCUUCGCCUCCUCUGCUUAGAUCCAGCUGCAGCGACGCGGCCUUCAUCGGCAGCGUGCUUCCCGUCUUUCCGGCGGCAUUUUACCGCUUGCUUGGGAAAGAAUGCAGCAGUAGCAACAGCAGCAUCAGCAAUACCAGCUACAACACCAGCACCUCCACCAGCAUCAGCAGUACGAGUGGCGAGGCCUUGCUGCACGGGGAGCCGGCUAAAACGCAGCUGGCAGAGGAUGAAAUGCAACAGCAGCCAUGGCAACGCACUCUCAAGCACCAGUUCCUUUCGGGAGCAAAGUCUGAGCCUUCGUUGCCUCACCUUGAAAAGCCACGGCACCCGCAGGAGCAACACCUCCACACGUUGCCCAGACACUUAUCUAUUCCCAGUUCUACCGAAUCCGAAGCAGCGGAGUGUGUAGAAUAUUUCGCUCGGUGUCUUCAGUGUCAACAGUAACAGUAACAGCAGUAUCAGCAUCAGCAACAGCAUCAGCAACACCAGGAUCGCGCUGAGAGGGAGGCGUUUACGCGAACUGAUGGCGUGCGGCCCUUCUUCUCCCCCCAGGAGUUUUCGCGGGCUGCAUUACAUUGUGCUGUCCUUUUUUACCCCUGGACGCGCGCCGCGAAACACAAAAGCAGCCGCAAGAGCAGUAGAGCUGAUCGCUCCGGUGUGGCUACUGGCUCUUCGGAAGACACCAGGAAGGUCGUCUUGCUGCUGCAGGGGCUAAGCGCUCAUCUACUAGUCCGCAUGCAGCCUCGCUUCAACGCAAAGAGCGCAGCACUGGCUGCAACGGCUCUGGGGUAUGCCGAUACAGCGCCACACCGAGCUCUUCUGUGGCCUCCUUUCCUUCCCUGCGCACCGCUCCAAGAGUUGCUGUCGUUUCCAGCUGCAUUUCCCGCCGCUGCAGCGUCUGCUGAUUCUUGCAUUGUUACGAAUGCUUCCGCCUUUCAGAAAGCCUUUGUUGAGGGCUUGUGGGCAGAACACCGUCGCCAAGUGUAUCCGCUGCUGCCGGACCACAUCAGCAAUGUUCUCUUCUUUCUUUCGAAGAGGCAGCUACGGCACGACUCGCUGCUCAAAGCUUUAGCCACCACCGUUAGUUGCACCCCUGCGUUUGGGCGCCCUGCCAGACCCUCCCGCGAUCCUUUGGUGCUGCUUCUGUGUGUUUCACAAUCGUCUUACUGCUGUGAUGGCUGCUGCUCUCCAUCCCAGUGCUCUUUCUUUCUGGUCCAUGCAUCACGCUACACCGUGGCUUGCAGCUCACUUCUUGCUUUUCUUGUUGCUGUGUUUGAUGUCACAGGUAGCGCUAAAGGCUGA